AUGGGAUUUGGUGGUGUUUGGAGAGCUUGGAUUAGAAAUUGUUUAACUUUCACAAAGUCCUUUGUUCUUGUCAAUGGAUCGUCCUACAGUUACUUUGGUAGUGAGAAGGGAUUACGUCAAGGAGAUCCACUAUCUCCUUUCCUUUUUACUAUCAUUGGUGAAGUUCUAAGUUGUAUGUUGAGUAAAGCACAAGAAUUUGAUCAAAUAUCGGGUUUCUCGGUGAAGGAGGGGAGAACAAAUAUAUACCACUUGCAAUUUGCCGAUGAUAAUAUUAUUCUUCUUGAUGCAAAAAGAGAACAAGUUGAUGCCCUUUGUUACCCACUUCUUUUCUUCGAUCGAACUUCGGGAUUGAAGAAAAAUUUCUCUACGAGUAGCUUAUUUUGGGUCGGGGUCGAAGAGGGAAUUGAAUAUUAUGUUAACAUGUUAGGAUGCAAGAAUGUUGGGAAAAGAUGUUUGAAAUUUGUACGAAAAGAGUUGCUACUUGGAAUGGGAAAACACUAG